UUUCAAUCCCUUUUUCAUCAUUUUAAUUAUUAUUUGUCAUGAAUUUAUUUAUUUUCUCUAUAUUAAACUGUUAAAAAAAAUAGAUGAACAAUUUUGUUGUAUUUUUUUGGUGCAUAUGUGAUGAACGUAUCUAAUAAUAAUCUAUGGCUUUUUAUUGUUGGAUUCAGAACCUAUCUUUAUAUGGGCAUUUCUUAAUUCUUAAUUAUUUGAUUAAGUAUGUGCUCAUCUACCCAGCAAUUGUUUAAUUUGUGGUGCUAGAUGAGGGGAGUCCCAAUAUAAUGUUUAAGGGAUUAUUAUAUUGAAGUUCAUAGAUUUUCAAUUGAUUAGUGCCUUAAUUGGCAUGUUUAUAAUGAAUUAUUAAAGUCAUUACACUUUUGCUUUGAUUUUGAUGGACCAAAUCGAAGUGCUGUGAGCGUAUGGCCUAUGCUAUUUGAUUUUUUCAGUUUACCUCAUGUACCCGUAUCGAUAUUGGGUGUACUCAAUAAUCAGACGCUGUGACCAGCUGUGGCGGAUCUAGAAUAAAAAUGAGUGAUAUCAAUUUAAAUUAAAUAGUUAAACUGGGUUUUGAUCCCUAUAUUUACAUAUAAUAUUUGAUUUUAUUUUGAAUUUAAUUGAUAUCUCGAUAACAUCUAGCUCAAUCCACCACUGACGACCAGUAUUGUGAUGAACCAAACCAAAUGCUACUCUGGUUUUUCAUUUUACCUCAAGCGUCUGUGUCACCCAUGUCGACUUGAGUGUACUUAACAAUCGACACCAUACCCCUAGUAUUGAGGAUGGACAUGAAUUUUUCUUCAUUUUGAGCAACAUAUUAAGGAAAAAUUUUGAAUCGGACACUUGGUUACGUGUAGGCAUUCGGCACUCGACUCCUAGUCUAUGUAACAUAGGUAAUAGGUAUGACUUACGAGCAAAGAUUUGAUGUUGUUUAGAUAUAUUGGGGAGAGGAGGUCUUAGUAAAUAACAGUGAUUUAUGAAGUUAACAAAUCAUCCUUUUGUGGAAGGAUUUGAUAAGGUGAUAGUUUUGUGAUUUUAAUUUACCUUUUUUUGGUUUUGUUUAUUUUGCUAUUUUUCAUUUUAUCUUUUUGUGGUGAUUUACAUGUACGGUGAUUGAUUAGGAAUUUUUGAUAUUGGAGACCAUUGGGGCAUUUUGAUGCUGAUGUAGUGCUUUAGCAAGGCUUUGAAUUUAGAGAUGCGUAUAAUUGUUUCCUUUGAAGGACAAAGUGACAAAACAUUUGGAAAUAAGACUAGUAAAGAUUAUUUCUUAGGACUCAUCUAAUGUCAUGUUUUGAUGUUGUUGUUGAUAGUUCAUUUGUUAAGAGUAGUAUAGAGUAUGAUGAAGGCCUAAGAAUUUGUUUUUGGUUUUAGACACUCUGACUUGGGUAUUCAUGACUGGAUAGUGGAUACAUGAUACAUCAUUGUGGCUCUCUAUAUGCAAACUUCUGAAAAUGGAAAAUUUCAGGAUUUGCCUAAUUCAGAUGCUUGUACUUGAGAAUUGAGUCUAUGUGAAAUUUGCCUUACUGCAUAGCUUACUUGAUAAAGCUUGAGAUUUUAUAACAGUAAAAUAUCACCCUAUGAGCCCACUUGUGUGGAUACACCCACAGGGCAUCCGUAGGCUCGAGCCCACAAAUCCACAGUUUUGAGUGUUGACUUUCAAAUGAACAAACUCUAAAAUUGUUUCUCAUUUCCGUAUUCUUUUUUCGUAUUAGAUCGAAUUUAGUUUCAAGUAACAUACUCCAACCAGCGGUAAGCCGGUAACUAAAUUUACUUGGACAGUAGGGUCCAAUUUGUUAAAGUGAUGUCAAUGGUUGAAUUGGAAUUACCAAUUCUUUUUUUUCUGCAUAUACAUGCCAUUAUCUGUCAAUCUUGGGCAACACCCGCGAAGCUACCAUUUUGAUUUUUUAAAUCACCAACUGUACCUAACCUUGAGUGCUUUUUGCUUGUAUGUUGCAUGCUAAAGUGGGAUUUCAACAUGGAUAAAAAGUGUAUGGCUUUAAGAUGCUUUAGGCAAUUAUAUAUAUAUUUAGCUAAUUAAUAACAUUCUACAAUCAUUCAUAAGCAUUUGCAGACCUGCUACGUUCAUUCUUGGAUGGAUCUUCUUGUCAUUUAUUAGGUUGUAUUGCUGAAUCCAUAUUGUAGAAUUUAGGGUGAUUAUGACUUCAUGAAGUUAUUAGGAAAAUAUAUAUAUCUGCUGGCGUGCAGUAACUUUCUUUUUGAAGGAAUUAUCCAUCAACUAACAUCUGUCAUUAGAUUCUAUGUGUCUUUCACAGUAGUACUAUUGUUUCAUUUGUUUCAAAUUAUGUUACUUGGACUCGAUUAUUGAUGUCGGAUACUGGUACGUGUUCAAGUGUAGGAUACGUCUAAAUAACCUAUUUUAUGUCUAAAAUGAAGUGUCUAAGUGCCAUACCAAUGUCCGAGCAUCAAGGAUCGGACACGGGUACGUGAAGCAAAAUGAAAAGUCCGAGUAAGAUAGGUUUCAAAUAACAAUUGGCUUGGGGAUUAGUGAACUAGGUAACAUUGGGUGAUACACAAUUGGCUUUGUUUACCCUGUUAACAUUUUUAACGUAGGAUGAUAUAAGUUUUACUGACUUAGUUUUAACAUAAAAAAAUAAAAAAAAAAAUAUUAUCAUAAUAUGAUGUCCAAGAUCCAACAUGGUUACUUAAAUGAUUUGAUGAAUCCCAUUAACAUAAUUUUCAUCAUUUGACCAGUGUCACGUGAUUCGCUAAUCUACUUGCGAAUUGCGAAUCGAAAAAAGCGAAUCAUGGUCGAUUUUGGGAUAUUCUUGGGCAAACUUGAGCGAAUCAUGGAUUUAAAAUGCGAAUUAACUAGCGAAUUAUAUUACACUGGUUUGACCUUUGAAAUUAACAAGGAAAGUAAUGGAUUUGAAGAUGUAUUACAGUUAUUUACUUUUUUCUUCAGUCUAAACUAUUUUGUUCUCUAUGGUAAUCCUGGUCGGGGCUGAAGAUCUUCUUCAUUGUGCAUUGUUUUUGGGAGUAUAUGAUUAGACUGCAAACUUUCCGAAUUUCAUGCUUGAACCACCAAAAAGAUGUGCUAGCUCCCCUGUUUUGUGUUUAUUAACUUAUCACGGAUAUAGAAGGUCAACUCAAUUUGCAAUAUUGAGUCCAAAUUGCUGAGGAAUUUCCACUGAGGCACAGCUCUCCAUUUUGUACUUACUCAUGCAGCUUUUCAUCGUUUUUUGUUGAUUCCCAAAAAUUUGUUAUCCAUGUUUAUGGAUUUGUUUAUUGGCCUCCUUAAUUGUUAUGGUAUACUUGUCCACUGCCUAUGGUGUUGAAAGAGUUAUGGGUAACAUUCACCUUUUAAAGGAUUAAAUUGAAUAUGCUAAUAAACAUCUUUUACUUUGCACUCAAUGCAUUUUUUAAUUGAGAUUCGAGGGUGUAAGUGGAACAAUUUUUCGUUAUUUUUUGAUGGGGAAGGUUGUGUACAAAUAAUCCUGCUUCAUCAUGCUGAGAUAAUAGUCUCGGGUUGACACAUUGAUUAGUGAUUUGUAUGGUAAAUGAACGCAAAUGUUUUCUUACUACUUAAAGGUAAGGCUGCAUACAUCUUAACUUCCUUUAACCGGCCCAAAUGGUAGGACCUUAACUGCGGUAAUAUUACUUCAUUUUAGUAGUAUAAUUUUCAAAUAGUGCAGCAGUUACUAUUUUAUUAACUUUUGGUAGUCAUGGUUUUAGGCCUUUAGCAAUGUGGAUUUUUGUUUCUUUUGGUUUGUUUGUUUGUCACCAGUUUUUCGGGGUCAAGUUUUGUUGAACUUGUUCUUUCUAGAGCUAUCUGCUUAGACUUGUGCAGUUGUGCUACAUUGUGUUCCUCUUUAUAACCCAGCAACCUUUUCUUAUUCAAAACAAUUCAGUGGUUUGGGCUUCUUGUAUGUUUUAUGUUCUCUGUUAAGGAGAAACGUUCUUUUUCGUAUAAUUUGCCGGUCUGAAGCUCCGGACUUCUGUUUUCAGUAAAAGAUGGCUGCAAAUGAUGUGCCUUGCUGUGAACCCAUGUUUUGGAUCUAUCUGAUCAUUUGCGUGGCUCUUGUUUGCUUUGCUGGUCUUAUGUCAGGUCUUACCCUGGGGCUUAUGUCUCUCAGCCUAGUUGAUCUCGAGGUUCUUACAAAGUCUGGCCAGCCCAAGGACAGGAGAAAUGCAGAAAAGAUUUUGCCGCUUGUUAAAAACCAGCACUUGCUACUCUGCACCCUCCUCAUAUAUAAUGCCAUGGCAAUGGAGGCUUUGCCUAUUUUCAUUGAUGCGCUUCUCCCUGCGUGGGCUUCAAUUUUGAUAUCAGUUACUCUUAUACUUGCAUUUGGUGAGAUAAUUCCUCAAGCCAUAUGCUCUCAGUAUGGACUUAGUGUGGGCGCAAAACUUUCCGUUUUGGUUCGUCUACUUGUCAUUAUUUUGCUGCCUAUAUCUUAUCCCAUUAGUAAGUUUUUGGACUGGUUGCUUGGAAAAGGGCAUGCUGCUUUGUUGAAACGUUCAGAACUGAAAACUUUUGUCGACCUACAUGCCAACGAGGCAGGUAAAGGAGGUGAGUUGACCCAAGACGAAACUACUAUUAUUGGCGGAGCUUUGGAUUUAACAACAAAGACCGCUAAAGAUGCAAUGACUUCUUUGUCUAGCGUAUUUUCACUUGAUAUAGAUUCCAAGCUUGAUAAGGACACAAUGGAGCUAAUAAUGAGGAAAGGACAUAGUCGAGUACCUAUCUACUCUGGAAGCCCGACAAAUAUCAUAGGCCUUAUCUUGGUAAAAAAUUUGAUCAUAUGUCGCCCUGAAGAUGGAACUCCGAUAAGAAAUCUUACGAUUAGAAAAAUUUCCAGGUUCUAUGAUCACUUGCCGUUGUAUGAUAUUCUGAAUCAAUUUCAAAAGGGUCACAGCCAUAUGGGAGUUGUUGUGAAAAGCAAACAAGAUCUAAAAGAUAUGUCCGACACUACAUCCAAUUCAUCUAUAUCUGUCGUGAAAGCUAAUGUGAUCGCAAAACCCGAAAAGUCGAAAGGAAAAGGGGGAAAUCAUCAGUACCAUAGGAAUGAACCAAAGAAAGCACCCUUCAUGCAUUCAACUAAAGCUGGGCCUCAUGAUCUUCCAGUGAUUGAUUCCUUGGAGCUAGGCAAAAAUAUAAUUCUGCAUCACGAAGAUGCAACGAUUCUGCAAGUACCUGAUUUUGAUUCUUUUGCUGAUCCUAGUGAAGAAGUUAUCGGUAUCAUCACAAUGGAAGAUGUUAUGGAAGAACUAUUGCAGGAGGAGAUUUUUGACGAAACUGACGAUUAUGUUGACGUACACAACAAGAUACAAAUCAAUAUGCUGCCUGUGAUAAGAUCAUCUUCAAGAUCUCCUAGAGCCACACUAGUUUCUCAUAAGAAUUUGACGCCUGUGAAUUCGCCUCAUUCCUCGUAUCACAACACUCCAACUUUGCGGUCGCCUACCCAAGCAUUUGUUCCAUCGCCCUUGAUUAGAACAUCUCCGCUGAGCUCUCCUAUGAGAUCCCGAAUAGCUUCUCCCGCUGCAAAUUCAGGUACUCCGACCCAUAGUUCUCCCUUGAAGCAGCCAUCGAGAAACUCAUAUGAGAAGCUUCGGCGUUGAUCUGUGUAGCAGAACAUGCAUUGUAAACGUUUGGCUAGCAUUUUUGAGCUGCCUUUCAGAACUUGUUACAUGUUCAUCAUCAGAUGGAAGAACUACUAUUUUCAGGGGUUAAUUUUAUAUACCCAGCAUUUUAAAAUGCUUAUGCUUAUCUUGUAAAUGCUUUACUUUGUAACCUAGAUUAUAUGGAACUCUGACAUGUUCAUCGACUUAUUUUCGGUUUCA